CUUACGAGUGGCAACACUGUUUUUGUAUUCUAAAAACGUGUUUUAUUGUAUGUACUGCAUUUUAUGAUUCAAUUUCAUAUAUAAAAAAAGAUUGUCUUUGUAGUUUAAUAAAUAUCAUUAAUUGUUUAAAAAAAGGGGCCGUUAAUUGGUCUUCUGUAAACGACAAUUAGAGCGUAAAUUGCCUUAUAUAUUUUUUUAAUAAUUCAACAUGGUUGUGGUGUCGUCGACUUUUUCACAACCUGUCGAAGGAAUCCUUCUUCAGACCCCUUCGACAAAACUCUUUGUGAAUGAUCAGGAACUCGGCACAGCCACCUUAUACAUCACUGAAAGUAAUGUGGUGUGGGGAGGCGGCGUGAGGCCGUCCGGUGUGGCCGCUCCCGCGAUCUCGCUUCUGUACCCCAGCAUCUCGCUCCACGCAGUCCAGAGGGAUCCGUCCCCUGCUUUGUACAUGGUACUCAAUUAUGAACUCAGAAUACCCGAGCUAGCGCAGCCGGCGACUGGCGGCGGGGACACCAACGAGGAUGAUGAUGAUGAAUUCGAUGCUGACGAUCAGCCCAUCACGCAGUUACGUUUUGUACCACAAAGUGAGGGCGACCUUCAAGCGAUGUACUCUGCGAUGAGUCAAGGGCAGGCCCUCCACCCGGACCCCACAGACGAGGUGGACGAGGACGACCCCUACAUGGACGGCGAGGAGUUCGACGAGUGCGAGGAACAAUUCGAAGACGCGAUGGACAGCAGCGGAGCACCCGCCGGCAGCGAGGAGGAGGCGGCCGCGCGACUCCGACACCUACACCUCGACAGGACCAAUGGCACUCAUCCAGCGGAUGAAGAGGAGGAUGCCGAUAUAAGUGACCAGUAGUGAUGUGUCGCCUACUUCACGUCGCUUCGUAAGUGUACACGACUGUCUAAGGCUAUGGACGGGUGUUGCCACAUCACAUCAGUACAACAAAAUAAACACAUUAGGUGUUGUAUGCUACAAAAAAGAAAUAUCCUCAAAAUUAUUGUCUCAGACAAAUUUGUGGCCAGUUUGUUGAAGAGGAUUCGUAACUACCAUGUUUAUUCAACUAAGAUUUUUACUAAAAAUACUUUGUUUUUUUUUAACUGUAAAAAACUACCAUGUGGUAACUUAUUAAAAAAAAAGUGUAGAAUAAUAAGGUAUCUAAAAAUUGUAGUUUUGAAUAUUUUACAUUUUAAAAUUAAAGGAAGCAACUGUAUUUUUUAAAAAUUUCAAAACGUUAGAUGGGGCGCAUUAGGCCCGUCCUAAGUUUGCUAAGAUUAAUUAUAAUUCAUUUAGUAGUUUCUACAUCUAUUCUUAAGUUUUCGAGUUUAGUAAUAAAUGUUUAUGUUAGCAAUCUCAAUGUAAUAUCGACUUAAUUAUCAACAUGUAGAGUGAAUUUUUGCGGAACCCGAGGGAAUUUUAUUUUUAGAAUAGACUUUUGGUAAUUAAGUCGAGAUUCAGCUUUUUUUUUUUAAUAAAAAUAUGUUUCUCUUAGCGGAUGUCUGACAAUUUCUGUACAAGUGUCUUCAAUGUUAAUGGAACUAAGCAGAUUUUUUAUAAAAUUUUUGAUAACAGACAUUCCCAUACUCGAAUUUUCGAAAAGUAUUACCGUUAGAAAUGAUUAUUUGAUUAUAAACUAUAUGGUAUUUGUAUUGUAUUGUAAAGGAUGUAACAAUCAGAUAUCUAGCGUUAAUAUUUCUAUGCUCUACCAUAGAUAAAGUGGAAAUGUUUCACCAAAGGGAGACUUUGUACAAAAGUCGUUUGCUUGUGUUAACCCAUUCGUGUUUUUACCGUGAAACAGUUGUGUUUGAAGGGUGGGAUGUGGCAGUGAAUUUACAGGGUACAGUGGAAUAACACUUGAGUCCUCAGGAAUAGCAACGCAUGUGGGGUAUAAAAGGGCGAAACAGUAUUCUCUGUUAUGUCCAUGGUACUGUUCAUGUCUAUAGGCGACAGUUACCACUUUCCAUCAGGUGGGCCGUCAGUUUGUUUGCCAUUCUAAGUAGCAUAAUAAAAUUGUGUUUGAAUGCGUUAAAUAAAAUACUAGAGAAUUAAAAUCUCUCAAGUAUGUAACGACCCCUAAGUAUGUUAAUCCUGAAAAUGCGACAACUUUCUCAAGAGACCUUUAAGAGAAAAGUGUUCUUUUCGAACUAUUCAACAGUAUUACCGCUGGAUUUCUGAUCGUUUUACAACUUCGUUACAUAUUUGAUUCGUAGUUUGACUAUCGCACAGUGAUCUUCUGACAAUUGUAGAUUUACAAACAAAAAUUGGGUACUAACGUCCCAUUUUUGAGUAAGAAUAUAAUUCCUAAUUAUAUUAGCGUAUAUUUUUUUUAAUGGAGCAAAAUGGACUGGCAACUCCGCCUGCGCUAUUGGGACGCCAGGGCGGGAACUAGCUGCCCGACUGCUAGUAAUAUACACUGACUGGAAUGGACCCCCACGCGGUUCCCCCUGGAAACCGUCAUGGUUUUUGGUGAAUUCGUCACGAGGUUAUCAGACCGGCUAUCAUACUUCACUGGUGCCCCGCCAGCGUAUACCAAUAUCGCAGGCGGUGUUACCAUUCCAUUAUAAAAAAAAAAAAAUAGGACAUAUUGCUAGCAAUGGGGCUGUUAGGUCCUUUUCUGUCCUAUAUUAGCGUAUUAUUGUCACUCUGGACAUGUUUUAUUAAGUUUAAGAACAAUGCUGAUUUUCAAGUACAUCACUUUGAUAUGACAGGUGCUACACAUCGUUUCCCUAUUCUGUAGAAACUUUAAAACAACAUAGAGUCAGAUUCGGUGCGAAGUCAACAAAAUCAAUUUGUAAUACCCCUUAGUAAUGUGUUACGUUACAGUACAGAGCAUGCAUGUAAUGGUGUCCUCCAUACUACUCUGUACUCCACUGUCAAUUUAUAAUCCAAUGUUACAGUGUAAUAUUGUUAUUAUGCCAGAUGGAAAAUAAAAGUGGAAAUAUUUUUUAAUUUUUUAUUUAGUACUUUUAUAGUACUAAUCAAGCUAACUUGUUAAAGUAACCUUUAUCUAAAUUGUAACUCACACAAUGAUAACCAGUAAGUUCUGUCUAAAGAGAAUACGUAUCUAUGUAGUUUAUUUAACCCUUUUAGCGCCAUUGAUUUUUACUCAUAUCUACUUAAAAAUGCCAAAGAAAUCUUUGUCGUGUUGAUGUCAUUUACCCCUUGUCUCUAAAAAAAACUAUCUCCAAAAAUUAUCCAAUUUUAAUAUUAUUGUUUUUACAGCAAGCUUAACAGCGACUGAUUUCACGAGCACCAUGACGCUCGUGGCACUGUCAGUUGCAAUGCGCACGAGCGCGAUAACGCUCGUCGGCACUCAAAGGGUUAAAAAUAUUGACAUGACAGUGGAUUAUAUUAGUUUUACACGAACGUUUAAAAAUAUUUUUAAUUAAUAUUAUUGUAUAACAUUAUCUAUCAGUGAAUAUGCAGUACAGAGAAAAAUUUGUAUAUCUUUAUGUUAGGCUGUAUGAACAUUACAUUUUUAUAUGUAAAAUAAAAAAAAUCUUUCACAAGUGAACUAUAGCCAAUAGAUAACUAAGUUAUCUAUGUUGUAGGCUUAAAAUAGAACUAAAUAGAAACGUGUCGCCUUGUUUUUUAAAUAAUCUAAUAGCAUGAUCGACAUAUUCGUCUAUGGAGAGUGAACAGGGCUAUGUUAAAGUUUAAUAACUCUAUUAAAAUGUAUGUCUUUGGCCGACAGUAUAACGUACUUACGUACUUAUCUAAGUUUUAUAACACUUCCAGCAUAAACGUUGUAGUUUUGCAAGAGAUAUGUGAUAUAUACAGCGUUUUUUUUAAGCCGGGGCUUUUGCAAGAUAGGUAAAGUAUAAGUAAUGCAAAAGGCCUUCUAAGCUUUUUUCCUUAGCCUUCAUUUAGAAAACUAGACGCAGAGUGAGGUGGCUUGCUUUCUGUGGACACGAUAAAGGUAAUAAUUAAAAAACAGAUGUUUACACUACUAUUUUAUUAGGAAAACACAAUACAUUAUAGUUCAUCUGUAUUUUAACAAUCAAGAAAUAUAAGUGUGAAAGUGACGUACAUUUGUACUUACAUACGAAACUUUAUAAAAUAAAAUAAAAAAGUCAACAAAAUUUUGUCACAAUGAUAUUUUAAUUCCCAUAGAUUAUAAUUACAAACAUGCCGUUCGAAACGUCACCGUUUCGCGCCAAAUACUUUAUAGAAAUCAACUGAUUAGGACGAGAGCCUUGUCAGUCCAUUUGUCAAGUUUUAGACGCCAUAUAACCUGAUUUAAUAUUAAAACAUCAUUGUUUUAUUACCACUAAUCUUACCUAAUUCCGAAUUAUUAUUUUUUUUGUACCUGUCUCAAGACAGACAGCAUUUGACACUUCACCUACCUAUAUUUUAUAUUAUCUAGCAACCUCGUUCUAAUUAAAAUAUUUUGUUACAUUAAUGUAACUGAAAUGUUGAAUGUUACUAUAUUACACAUAAGUAAAGUUACGCGCGUAAUCUUGAUGUUUAUAGACGGGUUCUAAUGAGGCGUACACACUAUAGAAGCUACAUUAUCAAAUAUAAUUCUUUUAUAUCAUUUACAAUUCUACAAAUACACAUGGAAUAUAUCAUAUACUGGCAAUACUAUAUUUAUAAAUCUAUAUAUAAACAAUCUCGUGUCACAGUGUUUGUGGUCGCACUCCUCUGAACGGAACUCGACCCAUUUUUAUGAUAUUUGACAGGUAUGAGAAUAGUUCAUAAGUGGUAUUUCAUACUAAAAUAUUCACUACAAAUAAUUUAUAUGGCAGAACAACGUUUGCCGGGUCGGUCGUAGUGAUAUAUAUAAUUUCGUGGCAAUUUCUAACUUUAACGUAUGCUUUUACAACUUAAAAUCACAAUUAUGAUAUUUCCAUAUUACGUUGUCAUGUGUAAAAAGUCCAUUAACUUAGAUUUAGACCAAUGAAUGCACGUCCAAUCCUCUACUUACACUUUCAAUUAUUGUUUCUUAUUCUUUCAUUUCUUAUUUGAUUUUGCUAACAAUUUUGUUUUUUUAGUCUAAAUUUAUGUUUUAGCUGUUGUGUUCAAAGGACAAGAUGGUCUUUUUUUUUAAUAACUGGCAUUAGCAAGGCACCAGUUAGUUGUAUUGAAUAGUUAAAGAAACGAAAAAUACAAUAGGAUUAAUGCGAAUAUAAUUCCAACAUACCAUACAUCUCUCUGGCCCCCAUAGACAAGCGGCAAGCGGAUCCAUGAGUGGGAAUGAAAUAUCAGAUGUCGCUGUCUUUCUAUCUUAUAAGACUUUAGCGAUGACAAUUCUGUCGAUGGAUUCGAUUACCGCUUUAUUUAGAGAGCCGUUUUACUUAU